CACACUCACUGUACAGCACUGAUGACUCAACACUGUACUUAGUCUAUCAAAGAAUUUGUUAUUGCAGGACUGGCGAUAUCCAGGAAUACAAAUAAGGAGAAUAACCUGUUUCUUUUGUGGUCGGCUCUGCAUCACAGCUGCCAUGGUUCUGGAGGAGAAUGAGUGUGACUCUAUCUUUGAGCCCAGUAUCACUGAGGAGUUCGUCGAGACUCUGUAUGGGAGCGUCCACUGCAUCAUGACAGGGACUCCAAAGGCAAACCGGCCAGUCAUCCUGACCUUUCACGAUGUUGGACUGAACCAUAAGACCUGCUUUGAGACGUUGUUCAACCAUGAAGACAUGCAGGAAAUCAACAGACAUCUACCUGUUUGUCAUGUUGAAGCACCCGGACAACAUGAGGGAGCCAAUACUCUCCCGACUGCGUACACGUAUCCAUCCAUGGACCAGCUGUCUGACGCACUGCCCUCUGUCGUCAAACACUUUGGACUGGGCAGUGUGAUCGGACUGGGAGUCGGAGCAGGAGCCUACAUCCUGGCGAAAUUUGCUCUAAAUCAUCCUGAGAUGGUGGAUGGAUUACUUCUGAUCAACAUCAACCCAAAUGCUGAAGGACUUAUGGAUACUGUGGCAAACAAGAUCACUGAAUGGACCCACACUCUCCCAGACACAGUCAUCUCACACCUGUUUGGACAGGAGGAGAUCCAGACCAACCAUGACCUCAUUGGGACGUAUCGUCACCACAUCACCGCAACGAUGAACGAGUCCAACGUGAAUCAGUUUCUCCGCUCCUACAAAAGCCGCAGCGCUCUGGAGGUGGAGAGGCCUGUUCCUGGAGGAAGCAUUAACGUCAGGACACUCAAGUGCCAGACUCUGCUGGUUGUAGGAGACUGUUCUCCAGCUGUCGAGGCUGUGGUCGAAUGCAACUCUAAACUCAACCCCACCAAAACCACACUGCUCAAGAUGGCAGACUGUGGAGGACUUCCUCAGGUGAAUCAGCCUGCUAAAGUUAUCGAAGCCUUCAAAUAUUUCAUCCAGGGCAUGGGAUACUUGUCCAGCGCCACUAUGACUAGACUCCGCUCAAGAACGAGCUCCACCUCCAGCAUCUCGUCCGUAGAAGGAUCUCGCAGGCGCACACACACCAACGAGAAACGUGGACGAUCGCACACCGACGUCUCCAUAGAGAGCGUGUCCAGUGCGAGCCAGAGCAUCUCAAAGUCCACUCAAGUAGUAUGCUAGAGUAUCCCAUGCACUUCCUUCAAACUAUACCUCAUAUCUUCCCCCCUCUCUUCCUCCCUUUACGUGGUAAUGCCCUUAUCUGCACUAGUAGACAGUAGCUGAAAGGUCACAGGUCACUGCGAUUCAUCUCCAUCUCUCUUGUCUCCCUCUCCAUUCCACUGCGUCUGUAUCUCCUCCACACUCACGUUUCUCUCUUAAAGUGAAACCUGCGCUGAGCUGUUAAUCCAUGCCUCUACCCAUAUAUUCUUCUUUACUGUAUUUGUUUUUCUCUCCACACUCUGCUUAUUUCUUUGCCAAUGUCUGUGAUUUACCAAUAAAAUGUUUCCUCAUGUGGGAACUUGAUGUUCGCAA